AGCGGAGGGCGGGAGGCAGCGGCGCCAUGACCCGCGGGAACCAGCGCGAACUGGCGCGGCAGAAGAAUCUGAAGAAGCAGAGCGACUCGGGCAAGGGCAAGCGGCGGGACGACGGGCUCUCAGCCGCCGCCCGCAAGCAGAGGGACUCGGAAAUCAUGCAGCAGAAGCAGAAGAAGGCCGACGAGAAGAAGGAGGGCGCCAAGUAGCCCUGGGCUGCCGCCGCCCUGGGGCCGGGCCGCCCGC